GAACAGUGCAGUGUUGAUAGAGCUGCCGGAAGACAUUAAGACAUUAUUAAGUCCUCUUUGAGUGGCGCUCGCUUGUCUCCUGGCAGCAAAAUGAACCUGAGUCAGGUGAACGCUUCUCUGAAGUGUGAGCGGGACACUCGGGUAACAUCCAUACUGUUUCCCUGCCUGUACGCGGCUCUCUUCCUGCUGGCGUUGGUGUUGAACAGUCUGGCCGCCUGGAUCUUCUUCCAAAUUCGCAGCAGCUCAACCUUCAUCGUGUACCUGAAGAAUGUGGUGGUGGCAGAUCUCCUGAUGACUCUCACCGUGCCUGUGAAGGCUCUGAGCGAUGCAGGUUUGGGCUCCUGGCACCUCCGGGCCUUCCACUGCCGCUACUCCGCUGUGCUCUUCUACACCACCAUGUACAUCAGCAUCCUCCUGCUCGGGUUCAUCAGCUUGGACCGCUACCUAAAGAUUGUGCAUCCCUUCGGGAAAUGCGUCCUUCAGAGGGUCAGGGUGGGCCGAGUACUGUGUGCUGUUACCUGGGCGGUCAUGCUGUCUUUAGCUCUGCCCAAUGUUAUCCUGAGUAACCGAAUGCCACAGAUCUCCGCCGGCGGGAGGCUGCGGUGCACCAGGAUGAAGGGGAAGAUGGGUCUGCUGUGGCACGAAGGCUUCAACUACUUCUGCCAGGUUGUUUUCUGGGGAACAUUGGCGCUCAUGGUUGUUUGCUACACCUUCAUCAGCAGGAAGGUGUUUGAGUCAUACCGUGCAUCACAAAGCAGCAGUGACGUAACCAGCAAACAGACCACAUCUAAGGUGUUCGUGGUGGUGGGGGUUUUCUUUGUUUGCUUCGCCCCUUUCCACUUGGCUCGAGUCCCGUACACCCUCAGCCAGACCCGGAGCACUUCUGCCCAGUGCUGGGCUCAAAACCAGCUGUAUUUCGCUAAAGAGAUCACACUCUGGAUAUCAUCCUCCAACGUAUGCCUGGACCCGCUCAUUUAUGUUUUCCUGUGUCGCGGUUUCCGCAAGAAGCUGACUGCCACACUGUGCCGCACUCCGCUCCCUCACGGCUCUCUGACUGAGACCUCCACCAAAAUAGAGAUGCCAACCAGAGGACACUGAAGCACAGAUGCAGAUCUACAUGUUUAUUGACAUCCUGAUCUGCAUACUGGAGGCCCAGACUUAGUUCACUGCACUUCACUAUGAGGAUCAGUUGUUUGUGGAAAUAUGAAAAAUCUUUAUUUUUCUCAAGUAAAUAUGUUUAAAGUUGGCAUGAAACAGAAGAUUGACCUUUUUUCCCUUUUAUGACUUACAUCUGAACUGAUUGCCCUGCCCUAAAGCACUAAAAGCUCUGCCCUAAAUUACUGAUAGUUCUGCCCUGAAAUACUGAUAACUCCAACCCAAAUUACUGAUAACCCUGCCCUAAUGGACUGAUAACCCUGGCCUGAUAACCCCACCCUAAAUGACUGAUAGGUUCACACUGAAGGACUGAUAGCUCCGCCCCAAAAUGACUGAUAGCCCCGCCCUAAACAAUAGAUAGGUUAGUCCUAAAGAACUGAUAACCCCACCCUAAAGGACCAAUAGCUCUGCACUUAAUGACUGAUAGCUCCACCCUGAAGUACUGAUAGCCCCGCCCCAAAGGACUGAUAGCUCUGCCCCAAAGGACUGAUAGGUCCACCCUAAAGUACUGUUAGCCCCGCCCUAAAGUACUGAUAGCUCCGCCCAAAAUGACUGAUAGUCUUGGACUAAAUUACUGAUAGCCUUGCCCUAAAGUACUAAUAGAUACGACCCAAAUUACUAAUAGCCCUGCCCUAAUAGUCUGAAAAUCUCGCUCUGAUAGCUCCGCCUUAAAUUAUUUAUAACUCCUCCCUAAAGGGCUGAUAGACCCUCCCUAAAUUAUUGAUAUCCUUGCCCUAAAUUACUGAAAUCCCUGCCCUAAUGGAUUGAUAGCCCCACCUUGAAGUACUGAUAGCCCUGCCCUAAAGGUCCACCCUAAAUGACUGAUAGCUCCGCCCUAAAGGACUGAUAGCCAUGCCCUAAUAGACUAAUAAUCCCACCCUGAUAGCCCCGCCCUAAAAUAUUUAUAACUCCACCCUAAAGGACUGAUAGCCCCGCCCUAAAGUACUGAUAGCUUCGACCCAAAAUUACUGAUAGCCAAGCCCUAAUGGACUGAUAACCCUGCCCUAAAGUACAGAUAGCCACACCCUAAAUUACUGAUAGCCCCGCCCUAAAGGACUGAUAGGUCCGCCUAAAAGACGUGACCCAGAUGAAAGUGAGGUUUAGUCUUUUAGGACAGGGCUAUCAGUCAUUUGAUAGGGGGGGCUAUCAGUCCUUUAGGGCGGGGUUAUAAAUAUUUUAGGGCGGGGCUAUCAGUCCUUUAGGGCGGGGCUAUCAGGGCAGGAUUAUUAGUCCAUUAGGGCCUGGAUAUCAGUAAUUUAGGGUGGAGCUAGCUGGCCUUCGCUACACUCACCCCCCCCUAAUAGCACCGCCCAAAAUGACUGAUAGCUCCACCCUAAAGGUGUUCCAUGUGGUGGGAGGGAAGGUUCUGGUAUUUUAUUAAAGAUUAUGGGCUCAAAUUAAUACUCAUAGCAACAGUUUACAAGAAGCAAACACACACACACACACACACACACACACACACACACUCACAAGAAAACAACUGCUACUGGAAAGCAUUAGCUACUAGUUUUCAUGGUUUCAGUGUUAACCAGCUAAUGCUUUGUAAUGGUAUUUGUUGUUGAGACACUGGAACAUCUGACAUGGUUUCUGUUCAUUUGUUAAACACAGUAAGUUUAUUCUUAUACUGCAAUUAUUUUUCAAAGUACUAGACAUCACUGUUAGACCAACACUGACAGGCUCAUCUUCCUGCUUCAUUAUCAGAGACCACAGCAGUGUUUAUUUCCCUUCCAGCAUAAUCUUUGCCAUACACCGUGUCUCCUUUUCUGUGAAAACUGCUUUUAUUAAGUGAAUUGUAUUAAAUGUAAUUAAUAAAAUACAUACGAUGUUGUAA